AUGCGGAUUCCCUACGUGCCCAACCCGCCCGAGCCGACGACGGCCGAGGACGCGGCCAUUGUGGCCCGCAUUGCUGCCCGCCGGGCGCCGCGGCCGCUGCAACCGCUGGACCUGGCGCUGCUGCACGCGCCCGCCGUCGCCGAUGGCUGGAACGCCUUUCUGGGGGCGGUGCGCACGAAGACGACGGCUCUGGCAGCUGACCUGCGCGAGCUCGCCGUAAGUCGCGUCGCCGUCGUCAACCAUGCCUGGUACGAAUGGGGCCACCACGCCCCGCUGGCCGCUCAGGCCGGCGUCUCGGCCGCCGGCCUCGACGUGGCCAAGCUCGAUGGCCCCCUCUCGCUCGACCGCCACGAUGAGCUGCUUGCAACGCCCGCCGGCCAGCCCGCUCCCCUCUCCGAGACCCAGUGGGCCGUGCUCGUCUACACGGACGAGAUGACCCGCAGCGUCACCGUCGCCGACGCUACCUUUGCCCGGCUGCGCGAGCUCUUCGACGAACGCCAGAUCGUCGAACUCACCGCCGUAAUCGCCUGCUACAACUGCGUGAGCCGGUUCUUGGUCGCUCUGGAUGUUGGCGAGAGGAACGGCACCGGUCCGGACGCAACACACUGA